AUGCUCGAGUGGCAUCACAAUCUGAUCUUGUUUGAUGUCAUUCUACCCCCGGAACACCACCUGCCAGACCAGCCCCUGUACCAGCCCAUCCGACCCUUGAAUGAACAGGGCAUCCAGGCGCUGCCCAAAAAGAGCCGGUCAUCCCCGCGCAGUGGGGCGGGCGUCAAUCUGCUAGACGAUGUCUUCUCUGUCGUGCCACCAGAUGCCAUUGAUGCCGUUUUCGUCAGCAGCGAGGAGGGUCUCUGGGGCCUACCUUACCUCACCGAGCGGCUCGGCUAUUGCGGCGACAUUUACGCCACAGAUCCCGUCAAACAACUAGGCCUCCUACUCCUGCAGGGCAAGGCUGAGCGCGAGGCCCGUCGCAAGACUCGGAAUGAUUUUGCUUACACGCCCACAGAAGUACAAAAUUGCUUUGACCGCAUCACCUCCGUCAGCUACCGGGAGCACGUCAAGCUGCACGAGGGCGUCCAAGCUUGGGCCGUCUCUGCUGGCUAUGCGCUUGGCAGCGCCGUAUGGAUUCUGUCCGACGGCGUGGAGCAAGUGGGGCUCCUGCGCCAUAUUGCCCCAAAUGACCGUCGACACCCCAAACCCUUUGCUCAGCAAGCGCUCGCCAGCUGUGGCACCCUGGUGUGCUCUCAUUUGAAAAUGGCAGACCACGAUCCCAAUCAGGCAGUUCAACGCCUCGCCAUGACCGUCGGUGAGGCCGUGUCUCAGGGCGGGCACGUGGUUAUUCCCGUCGACUUGAACGGCGUUUUCCUGGACCUGAUGGAGCUCCUCAUGACACACCUGCAAAACUGUGGUGUCGUGGCGAACAUGGUUGUGGUGGGACGCUAUGCCAAGGCUGUCUUGGCCUACGCCGACAUUUAUUCGGCCUGGCUGGCCAAGAGCAAGCGGUCACGGGUGUACGAGCCCAAGCCCCCAUUUCCAUACAACGAGUUUAUACAGUCGGGACACAUCAAGUUGUUUUCAAGCGUAUUGGACCCCGAGUUUUCCCGGCUGCCGACCGGUCCAGCCGUGUUCUUUGUUGAGGAUCCCUCGCUGCGAUAUGGCGAUGGAUUGGCUGCCGUGGAAAUGAUUAUGGGCAAUCCCCAUAGCGCCAUCAUUGGCAUCAGUCCAACCGUGGACAUUGUUGAGCGGGUCGGCGUCUUUAGCAACGUGCGCGCCCGCGUCAUUCAGCUACCCAUUGACGCAGGACUCCAUCCCAAGGAUUUGAACAAUUUAUUGCGGCACAUGCAAGCGCGCAAGGUGAUUCUGGGGCACCGACAGGUCGCCGCGGUUCCCAACCCUGAUUCUCGUCUGCAAGCUCUGGAAGCGGCAUCGACCGUGGAGGUGACCAAGGCGGAACCCGUCAACUUGGCUCUGCUUGAUCCGCGGUUGGUAGCGCCCAACUUGCGCCUCGGCAGAAGCGAGUAUCAGCAACUCGGCGCGCAGCUGCAGCAAACGCGUCGAGGUCUAGAAGUGGCCCCACAAGCCGAUGGCGGCUUUGAGACGCGCGACGUCAUGGGCCGCCCCAGCGUACAGGCAUAUCUGGUGGCUCUUAGUCUGCACAACAUCUUUGAUGCCGAGGUGGAGCGGAUAGGCAUCAAGGAUUAUGCCGUGGUUGCCCAGGGGGUCCGAGUGGAGUUUUUCGAGCAUGAGACACUGAUUGUGGAGGCACCUCAGGCGACACCUGGCUUGGUCGAGCUUUGCGAGGCCUGCCUGCAACUAGCUCCGCAGCUCGUGGCCACCUCCUAA